GUGCUCUGUCGUGUUCACUUUUACUGAAUUUUUACCUGCCCUUUUGGUAUUUUACCGUUGUGGUGUUUGAGAUCUACUCAAGUUUUUGUUACGAAGAUACGAAAAUGUCGACUACUAUUGACUAUUCCUACUUCAUUAACGCGAAAUCCGCUAGAAGAAGACCGGCUUUAACAAGAGAAAUAACUAAACGGCAAUAUGGUGGUCCCAAGGAACAAAUAUCCCUUGCCGAAGGAGUUCCCAAUGAAAUCACCUUUCCGUUUGAGUCUAUUACUGUCAAACUAAAAGAUGGAUCAAAAUUCGACAUUGUUGGCCAAGAAUUAGCUUCCGCUCUGCAAUACAUUCCAACCCAAGGUUAUCCAGCGUUGGUGAAAUCGGUCAAGUCUUUCACUCAAGAUGUACAUAACCCUCCUGAUUGGGACAAAUAUGAAACUCUGGUAACGAAUGGAUCGCAAGACGGAAUGAGUCGUGUUUUGGAGAUGGUUUUAGAGGAAAAUGAUAGUAUGUUGGUGCAAAAUCCUUAUUAUGCUGGAACGGAGGCCAUUAUCAAACCUCUUAAUGUAAAUGUUAUUGGAAUUGACGAAGACGAAUUUGGUAUUGUUCCUCAAAAGCUCAUCGAUGCCUUAGAAAACUGCAAAAAGUACACAGAAGAAGGUGGAGGGAAAAUGCCAAAAAUUAUCUAUUUAAACCCAACAGCAUCGAACCCAUCUGGAAGAACAAUACCGACGGAAAGAAAAAAAGAGAUAUAUCGAAUUUGCUGCCAAUAUAACAUUCUUAUUCUCGAAGACGAUGCUUACUACUUCUUACAUUUUCUGAAUGAGCAACCUGUGUCAUUUCUAAGCCUUGAUACUGAAGGAAGAGUUAUUCGAUUGGAUUCCAUGUCAAAGGUUCUUAGCUCCGGACUCAGACUUGGUUGGGUCACUGGGCCAAAGAGGUUGAUUCAAAAUAUAGAGAUACAUAUUUCAAGCUGCAUCCUUCACUCUAGCGUGCUUUCACAGGUAAUUCUUCAAAACCUCUUCGAAAAAUGGGGCAAUAGUGGUCUCCUUGCUUAUUUUUCGAGAGUGGCUUCAUUCUACAAAGUAAGACGUGACUACACAGUCUCAUGCAUGGAAAAACAUCUCAAAGGACUCUGUGAAUGGGAACUACCAUCAGGCGGCAUGUUCAUCUGGUUCAAGGUUCUUGGUGUAUCUGAUGUCUACGAUAUGUUGUUAACCAGAGGCCUAAAGAAACACAUUACCUUCAUUCCAGGACAAAACUACAUGGCGGAUCCUACUGCAGCUUGCAGCUAUGUCAGAGCUUCGUACAGUAAAGUUGGUUUAAAGCAAAUCGACAAGGCGAUGCAGAUUUUGGCUGAGUUGAUAAGGGAAGAACACUUGUUGUUGCGUAGGAAGUUGGAUAGUUUAGAUGACGAAAUCAUAAUAAGAUAGGUUUUGAAAGAAAGUAGCGCAGAAAUGAAUACGAAAAUUUGAUGAAACGGUAUUUCAUCAAAUUUGCUUACUGGAAACUCAAAUGAAGUUUCUAGUACUGAUCUGUUGACAUCCUAUCCAAUAAAGAGGGAAGCUUAUUAUUCUGACCAUAAUUGAUUGGUUUGUAUAUACAGUUAUAUUGAAUUUAACGAAAAAUUAUUCAGAAUUACAAGUAUUACGUAGUACAUUGCCGAACUUGAAGAAGCAUGGUGAAAUAUAGUUUGUACUGCAAUACAUUACUUAUAGAGAGUUAAAGUAGGGUAACUAAAUAAAUGUAAACGUAUUGGAAUCUACGGUAUCAGAAUUUUAAAAUUACGCUUAGGUAUUUGAAAUGUGAGUAAAAAUUAAUGUACUUGGCACUUUUAGACGAGAUAUCUUUUAUUUCAAACGUAUCUAAAAAUUGUUGAUCUAAAAAACAUCAUUGUGAAUUGUUGAGCUAUAUGAAGUAUUAUUUAAUAUGAUCAUAUCAAAAAUUUUAAAAAUGGAAACUUUGGCCAUAUAAAAUAAAGUUAUGCUUUAAAAAAGACAGUUCUAACAAGAGAAGUACCUUAAAGAUAUCUUAGAUAAAGUAUGUUUAUGUUAUUCUCCUGGUAUCUAUACUAUUAGAACCAUUUGGAGCAAGAGGUAACAAACAAUAUUAUAAUAACCUAUAGCGACCUGUGGUGUACUGAUACCUAGUACUAGAAGAUCAAUUAUACGAAAUUAUGCUUAUACCACUGAUGUAGUGUUGUUUUAAGCACUCACGAUCAUGCAAUAUGUAGUUACUGGAAUACACGUUUACAUUUAUAUUUUUGAUCUAACUCUAACUCUCUAAUCCAUGGAAAACCUAAAUGAAACAGUUGAAUUGAUUUAAAAAUGAAAAAUAAUUAUUUUAACUAUAAUGGGGACAUAAAAAUGCUGUUAACCGAUUUCAAAUGGGGUAUAUUUAGUAAAUCUUAGCAUUUGUGUAUUUAAAACUUACACUAGAGAUAUAUGUUAACUGCGCUACCCUUGAUGGGAUCAAAAGAUAUGUUUGUAUAUAAUAUACCUAAUCAUUAGAUCAAUAAGUAGUGUAUAUUGAUUCAUCAAAAGUAAUAAGUUAGAAUAUCGUUUAAGGUGUAAGGUUGAAAGUACAACAUGAUUUUACUAUUUUAUAGAGAUCGAUGUAGUUGCAUUGUAUUAAUGUCUGGUUUAAAAUAAAUAAAUAA